UCUCUAAUAACGAGUAUUCAUAAAUUAACAAUUUUGUUUGCCUUGACAGUUAAAUGUACUUUUUCGUCCAUCAUAUUUUUACAGAGAGAGACAAAAAGUAUGUCCACGAUCAAGAUUUUGCAAACCUCAUUGCUUGGUUUGGUCCUGUUAAAUCAGGAGAAGACGGUCUAUUUGCUAAGAUUGCAAAAUUGGCCAAAGGGUCCAUAACGCCUAAAGAAAAUCGACCACACAGUUUUUUUGCCGGAUAUAUGAGUAAAGACAAAGCUGAUGAAAUAAUCAAUAAGCAAACCGAAGUCGGAACGUUUCUUAUUCGAUUUAGUUCAACGAACGCCAAAACGGGAUCGUUCGUUGUUUGUUUGAAAACGGACGGCAAUACAGAGCACAUUGAAUUGCAGGGUAACCCUAAGUCGCGUAAAGUUAGUUUUAACGGAAGAGAGUACGACGAUAUUGUCUUAUUGUGGAGACGCUACCUUAGUAAAGAAGGAGUAUCCCAGGAUGGUCGAACCGCCUGCUCAAUUGUGUGUCCUGACCUUCCUUUAAACGCCAUGUUUAAGGCGUACGGGGCAGGACCUAAGGCGUCCGGGGCAGGACCUAUGGCGUCCGGGGCAGGACCUAUGGCGUCCGGGGCAGGACCUGUGGCGUCCGUUAAAGGCCGAGGCAGAGGACGUGGAGCCCGUAGAGCACAAUCAAAUCAAUAAAAAAUAUUCCUGUGCUAUUAAAGCAGUGUUUGUCUCCCGCAGCUGUUGUAAAGUAGUCUCAAGCUGCAUUUUCAAAGAAAGAAGAGAACUGACCAAUCAGGGGUUUCGCCACAACGAUACUAGCACAUUUAAAGAUGGCAAAAAUGCACCAAGUGCGUAAUAAGCCGAUUAUAUUUGAAUUAAUAUCAUUCGCAAUUAACUUAGACUUUCUAAAUGAAAUUUAGCACUGAUAAUUGUUCUAAUAUCUUUCGUAAUUAACGUUAAUUGUUUUUAGAUUAGUUCACUGAAAUUUAGCACUGAUAAUUGUUCUAAUAUCUUUCGUAAUUAACGUCAAUUGUUUUUAGAUUAGUUCACUGAAAUUUAGCACUGAUAAUUGUUCUAAUAUCUUUCGUAAUUAACGUCAAUUGUUUUUAGAUUAGUUCACUGAAAUUUAGCACUGAUAAUUGAUUUAAUUAAUGUCAUUCAAAAUUAAAGUAAAUUGCUUUUAGACAAAUUGAA